AUGGAGCUCCCGCAGAUGCCGGAGCUGAUGGGCCUGUCGCUGUUGCUCGGGCUGCUGGCCCUCGUGGCGACGGCGGCGGUAGCGCGGGGGUGGCUGCGCGCGGAGGAGGAGACGAACGGCCGGUCCGCCGGCCAAAAAGCAAUCGGAUGCCCACCUGACAAGUCCUUGAAAUCCAAGAAGCAGAAACCGCAACAGCGGAUUCGCAAGGAGAAGCCUCAGCAACACAACUUCACCCACCGCCUUCUGGCUGCAGCAUUGAAGAGUCACAGUGGGAACAUAACUUGCAUGGACUUCAGCAGCAAUGGCAAGUACCUGGCUACCUGUGCAGAUGACCGUACCGUCCGCAUCUGGAGCACAAAGGACUUCCUGCAGCGGGAGCACCGCAGCAUGAGAGCCAACGUGGAGCUGGACCAUGCCAUCCUGGUGCGCUUCAGCCCUGACUGCAGAGCAUUCAUUGUCUGGCUGGCCAAUGGAGACACCCUCCGUAUCUUCAAGAUGAUGAAACGAGACGAUGGGGGCUAUACUUUCACAGCCACCCCGGAGGACUUUCCUAAAAAGCACAAGGCACCCAUUGUCAACAUUGGCAUCGCUGACACAGGGAAGUUCAUCAUGACUGCUUCCAGUGACACGACCAUCCUCAUCUGGAAUCUGAAAGGCCAGGUGCUGUCCACCAUCAACACCAACCACAUGAACAAUACAUAUGCUGCUAUAUCCCCUUGUAGCAGGUUUGUAGCCUCGUGUGGCUUCACCCCAGAUGUAAAAGUUUGGGAAGUCUGCUUUGGGAAGAAAGGGGACUUCCAGGAGGUUGUGCGAGCAUUUGAACUGAAGGGCCACUCUGCAGCCGUGCACUUCUUCGCUUUCUCCAAUGACUCCCGGAGGAUGGCCUCUGUCUCCAAGGACGGCACGUGGAAACUGUGGGACACAGACGUGGAAUACAAGAAGCAGCAGGACCCCUACUUGCUGAGGACAGGCCGCUUUGAAGAAGCGAGCACUGUGCCGUGCCGCCUGGCGCUCUCCCCUGAUGCCCAGGUCUUGGCCUUGGCCAGUGGCAGCAGUAUUCAUCUCUACAACACCCGGCGGGGUGAGAAGGAGGAGUGCUUUGAGCAGGUCCAUGGGGAGUGUAUCAGUGACUUGUCCUUUGACAUCACUGGCCGGCUUCUGGCCUCCUGUGGGGACCGGGCAGUGCGGCUCUUCCACAACACGCCUGGCUACCGGGCAGUGGUGGAGGAAAUGCAGGCCCUCCUGAAGCGAGCCUCCAGCGAAAGCACCCGCCAGAGGCUUCAGCAGCAGCUGAUGCAGGCCCAGGAGGCCCUGAAGAACCUGGGGGCCUUGAAGAAAUGA